CUCCGCGGCAUGUGGGAUCUUCCCGGACCGGGGCACGAAGCCCUGGCUCCUGCAUCGGCAGGCGGACUCUCAACCACUGCGCCACCAGGGAAGCUCAGGUGUUAAUGUUUUUACUCCAUGAAGUGUAGAACGGCUCCUCAGACAGUGGGGAGACUUCUAAAGGCAGACGGUGAAAGCUGGGGCUGGAAUAUGCCCCCGUUUCCGUUUACUAUGGUGGCUGCAGCCUCUGGUGGCCUUUCGUGUGCUGGUCAGUAAUUGCCGUGAAAAACAAAUUCACACAAGGUGCGUUGAAGGAAAUAAUGUCAGUCCACAGUGAAAGGAUGGGAAGAUUUACAUCUCAGGGUGGCUCUUCUCUGUACCUUUGCUCACGUCUGUGAGGGCGCUUCCGGCGGAGGACUGCGGAGGUGCUUGAUGGGUGUCAGGAGCGUUGGACCAGCGGGCUGCUUGUGUGUGUGGACAGUGUGCAGUUUUCUCCUGCCACAGAGAUGGGAGAGGACAUUUGAGGUCAGCAGGCAUGGAGUGACCUUUGCUGGUAGGCCACAUCUAAUGUUCAUUGUCUGUAUCGGCUGUUUUUUGAAAGUUUUUUAUGAGUUCCUGUACACUACAGACGUAGCUCUUUGGGAAGGGUUGUGAAGCGCUUCACGCCCGUUAUUUUAUUUGGUUCUCUCACAAUCUGCAGAGGAGACGUGCCCAGGCCCCGUCUGGAAGCAGAGGAGCGGGGUGACCGGUUUAGGGUCACACCCUGGCCCUGCUUCCCCCGUGCUCCUGCUUUGUUGCAGAUUCUCCGUGAGCAGUUCACACUGAGCUGUUUGGACCAGACGCUGACAGGAGCUGCAGAAGUUUACUGGCUCAUUUACAUGCAUGGGCAUCCUUUCCCAAAAGGGAAGUUUGUAUGAUACAUUCAUCUAUCUCUGCCUCAGGUUCCCUAUCAGCAAAUGAGGUUACAGUUUACCUGCCUCAUAGACUGGUUGUGAGGAUUAAACAUCAGUGGAAACGCUGUUAGCUAGAUGCCUGGGACACAGUAAGUGCUUGACAAGUGUUAGCCAUUAUAUUACCAGGUGGAAGAAUGAUCUGAGUAGACAGUAGAGAGAGAAGUACGCAGUAUUUAAGCAGAAUUAUCCUGCUUGGAGGGAAGGAUAUGCACUGGAUUGAGAAAGCAAAGGUGGAUGCAUGGGUAAUUCCAUGCAAGCUCUUUUAAAUCCCCUGGGCCCCAAGGAAUUCUGUUCCACUCCUUUCCAAACACUCCUGCCUCUAGUCACACCAGCACCUCCUCUAUCCUGAGACGGUAACAGGUGUUUGUUGCUGCUGCUUUUGCCCUUUCAGGUUUGUUCCUGUUUUUUCUUCACCUGCUUUCGUAUAAGCCUGCCACCUCCUCAUUUGCUCAGGGGUCGUGAGCUUCCUGCACGCGGCUUGGCGUUAGGCGCAGGGAAAGGCCCCUGUAAAGCUGGAUGUUGCGCCGAGGUCACUCUGGUGGUGCUCUCUGAGAUCCCGUGUGUAGAGCAUGAUUGCACGGUAGCACAUGUGUCAAUUCCAGGUUUUACCUUGGCAACAGGGUGCCAGAAAUGUGAGGGGGUUCCACAAAGCUUAAUAUGAUAGAGGCCGGUGUUUGGUGGGUUUCUGGUGAUUCUGUAAAUUUCGUCUAAUCUUUUUGGAGAGCAGCUAGCCGUAUGUGAUAAAGAUUUUGAUUUUGGAAUCCCAGUUUGUUUUUGAAAACAAACUUUGAUACAUAAACUCUGCAUGUCAGAGGGGUAGAGUACUCCUCAGCCAGCAGACAUGCUCUGGCAAUCUCCUUCCUAUCCUUCCUUCCCAGCAAAAUUUGAACCAUUUUGAUCCAUGGAAAUAUGUUCAAAAACACGUCUUAACCAAAAAGGCGAGGUAGUUUGUACACAGCAAUUAUACGGAUGUAAAAAUGUGCGAGGACAUGGGCAAGGAUCAGAAGGGAAGGUGGAGUGAUGUAAGUAGUUUUAUUUUAGGGUCACAGGACUGUUUUCUCGCUAAGCUGGUGUUCUGGUUUAUAGUCAUUUUAAAAUUCAAAAGCAGAAAGGCCCUCUGACGUUGUCGGGUGCAGUGACGAAUCUUUCUUCAUCCCCUCUCCCAGCUGCAGCACAGAAGGAGGUAUGAGAUUCCACCCAGACCUCUUAGGGGGGCCCUCGAGACCCCCACAGCCCGACCCACCGUGGGCAUCCUCAGGGCCCCCGCCACUCUCAGCCCUGCCCAGCAGCCCCUGCCUGCGCACAGGCUGCUCUUGUCUAGCUGGUCUCCUGUCGCCCCGCAGGGCCCAGCUCCUGCUUCAUCCCGGAGAGCCGUUGGCCAGGCUAGCCGCGCUGCCUUCCUCGGUGUUACCUCGUGCCUCCUGCCUUCCACUGCUGCGGCAGGCAGUGGUCAGGGCCACGUCCACAGUGGUCUCCCCUUCCAGAUCAUUGUGUACUUGCCACGUGGGGUCCCUUAAACCGGAGACGGGACAGCAUGUGUGCGAUGGGGGUUGUGAGGACCAGAUGUGCAGACACCCGCUUUUUGCUGAGGUCUCCUCCCUCCCUCUCCACCUACCAGAUUCCUGGAGGCUCCCUCACUUCACUUCCACAUGGCUCUUACCGCCCUUUAACAGACUGUCUUCUUUGUCUUCUCCCACUGUCAUGGGAGGGAUUUCCUCCCUCUUACAGGCUCCCGUAUCUUUAAGGACUUAGACUUGCUUGAUACCGAGGCAAGGUGCUCAAUCAGUGUUUGAACUAAUCAAAUUUUAUCUGGGGCAAGGGCAGAUGCCAACUUUUAUGGGGCCUGAGACUUAUCCAGUUUGGGGGAGGAGACCUCUUUAAGAAAAUACAGUGUUACAAAUAAAAAUCAAUUUGAAAAUUAAUUUGCAGAUAUUUAUUUAGAAUGAGAAAACGUAAAUAAGGUACAGAUUUGAAACAGCUGACCAUUGAUACAGGCAUCACUAAAUCCAGAAAGACAGCACAUUUGUUAAUCCUCUGACGCGCUUCUGUGAUACUUCUCAUUUGGCUGUGUACUUUUUAGUUGUCUCUUCGUAUGACAGAGAAUAGAAAGAAUUCAGUGAUUCCUCUAGCAUGGCUGAUCAGAAAUCUUAUUAGUGAUUGUUAGGAUGCAUAAAACAUGGUUUCACGCUUGCUGUUUCUAGCACGGCUAUGUCUCGGAAAAGCAGGAAUUCUGAUAAAUUCUGUUUUGCACAAUUCCACUCAAAAACGUUAAAAAAUCAAUGGUGUAUUUAUAGUCAUACUGCUACAUUAUAAAUUUUUUUUUCUGACAGGCGAGAAGUGUAGUUUUGACUACUGAGUACCGAACUCUGCUUGCAUUUUGACAAGUCUGGUGAUGAUUUUCCCACAAAUGUGCGUCUGGCUCCCCGAGUUUCAAACCUUGCUCCUUUCCCAGGGCCCACAUGCUUCCAGCACCAAGUGCCAUUGGGUCUGUUCAUGUUGCUGCAGGGCCUGGGCCCUGCACCUUUGUUCCGUAACCCUCCAGCACGCAAGCACGGGACUGGCAGUGGUGUUCCGGGAGCCAUAGCUGCAUUGUGAGGCGGGUGGUCACCUCAGUGUGAACACCUGAAACGUCUCCACUUCAGCCCAAACUAAGGGUGUCCCUGGCUCCUUGUGCUGGUAGCUGGGUCCUCUCCUGAGCUGCCUGACGUGGAGGGAAGGAGGGACAGAAACAGACUUGGGGUGGAAGGGGCAGCAGUGUUAGUCGAUUGCAAUUUGAAUAUGUUUUCGAAUUUCCCAGAAGGCUGUGAUCAUGGCCGCACUUCACUGAGGGCCUUUCUUAGGACCUUGGCAGGCCGGUGCCAGGUAGGGGCCCAGAAACGAGGCAGAAUGGCUUUAGAGUCACACUGCCGGCAUAGGGGCAGCCUGUGGUCCGUUGCCUGGUGCCACACAACACCGUGGAGGCACGUGCGUGAGGGUGCACGGCGCCUCCUCCUGCGGCUGGCCGGAUGUGUCUGGAAGCAGGAAGCAGCGCUGGCUGUUUUACAGCCGUUUAAAUGACUGGGCGUGAUUCACUUUACCUCCUGCGUCGUUCAGAUCCCAGUUGCCUUGGUAAUAGUUAACACAAGCUGAGUGUGGGGGGAACAAAUCUCAGUGUCGCAACAAGAAAUCAAUUUUUUAAAUUGAUCUAAAGAGAGUGUUUUAAAAUGUUAGUUUUUAUUUUAACUGCACUAUUUGAGAAGCAAGAACAAGCGCAACACCUAGAGGAGACGUGGGUGCUUACCCCGGCUCUCUCUUUGAAGGCGAGCGGGCUCGGCUGUAGGUGACCCCUGCCGUCGUCUGCCCGGAAGCCAUCUGAUUUCAGAAGUAGCGCACGUUCAUCACGCCUGGUCCCAGCAAGGGUGCAGUCCCAGGACGUGCACGGCAGAGCAGGGGAACAAGCCACAGUCCUCUGGCUGGAAGACUGAGAAUGCAUUCCUCACUCUUAGCUGGUGAAGAAUGGGGGAGCUGGAAGGAACCUACCGCGUCCUGCAGAUCCCAGGGACACGCCUAGGCGCCCAGACCCCCGCGGGCGUCAGCACCCUCGAGCCUGGGCAGGGCCCCUCGGCAGCAGCGGCGUGGCCAGCGGCCAGGACGCCCAUCCGAGUGCAGCUGCUGGACAGCUCCGUCGAGGUGUUUGACGUUGAGCCUAAAUGCUAUGGCCAGGUGUUACUGACCCAGGUGUGGAAGCGCCUGAAUCUGAUAGAAUGUGACUACUUCGGCUUGGAGUUUCAAAACGUCCAGUCCUGCUGGAUCUGGCUUGAACCUAUGAAACCCAUCGUUAGACAAGUACGAAGGCCAAAGAAUACAGUGCUUCGCCUAGCAGUGAAAUUUUUCCCACCUGAUCCGGGUCAGUUGCAAGAAGAAUAUACACGAUACUUGUUUGCCCUGCAACUUAAGAGAGACCUUCUGGAGGAGCGUCUGACCUGCACGGACACCACGGCUGCCCUCCUGGCGUCCCACCUCCUGCAGGCGGAAAUAGGAGAUUACGAAGAGGCGCUGGUCCGGGAGCACCUGCGGGCCCACGAGUACCUGCCGGGCCAGGAGCGGGCCCUGGAGCGGAUCCUGGAGCUCCAUCGGGGGCACGCGGGCCAGACGCCUGCCGAGUCGGAUUUCCAGGUGCUGGAAAUUGCCCGGAAGCUGGAAAUGUACGGCAUCAGGUUUCACACGGCCUCUGACAGGGAGGGGGCCAAGAUCAACCUGGCCGUGUCCCACAUGGGCGUCCUCGUCUUCCAGAGCAGCACCAAGAUCAACACUUUCAACUGGUCCAGGCUCCGGAAGCUCAGCUUUAAGAGGAAGAGGUUUCUUAUCAAACUCCACCCAGAGGUCCAUGGGCCUUACCAGGACACCCUGGAAUUCGUGCUGGGGAGUAGGGACGCGUGUAAGAACUUCUGGAAGACGUGUGUAGAGUAUCACACCUUUUUCAGACUUGCUGAUCAGCCGAAGCCCAGAGCUAGAGCCAUCCUCUUCAGCAGAGGUUCCUCCUUCAGAUACAGUGGAAGAACUCAGAAGCAACUAGUGGAUUAUGUCAAAGACGGUGGGAUGAAGAGGAUUCCGUAUGAAAGAAAACACAGCAAGACCCAGAUGUCUCUCCGCGCCCUAAAUGCCAACUUGCCGAGGCAGAGCGUCUUGUUCACCGAGGGCACGAGGACUCCCGCGUCCCCGUCUUCAACAAGUGCCUCCUUCUGUUCGGGCCCCGCCUCCCCUCCAGCCCCCGUGGGCCUGCUCGGUUCCAAGGACGGCAGCGGCUCCCCGACGGGGCCCCCGGCUCCCAGCGCCAGGUGGCCAGCUGCAGAGAGGAGCGGCGUGGCCGCGGCCCCGCCCCCCGGGCCGCCUGCUUUCCAGCCUUGCCAAGGCCUUUCCGUGGAGAGUCCUCAGCUUCCCUCCACCCAGAAGACCCCACCGAGCCUGAGCCCACUGGGCCCAGCCGAGCAGGGCUCCUCUCCCCUGCUGAGCCCCGUCCUCAGCGACGCUGGCGGAGCCGGGACGGACGACCAGGAGGAGCUGAGACACAAGUGUGCGCCCGCGGACGAGGCCUACUUCAUAGCAAAGGAGAUUCUUGCUACAGAGCGAACAUACCUGAAGGAUUUAGAAGUUAUUACCGUGUGGUUCCGGAGCGCUGUGGUCAAGGCGGACGCCAUGCCUGCGGACCUGAUGACCCUGCUCUUCUCCAACAUCGACCCCAUCUAUGAGUUCCACAGCGGCUUCCUGCGCGAGGUGGAGCAGAGGCUGGCGCUCUGGGAGGGGUCUUCCAGUGCCCAGGCCACAGGCGACCACCGACGCAUCGGGGACGUCCUGCUCAGCAACAUGCUUCAGCUAAAGACGCUCACCCGCCACUUCCAGAGGCUCCACGAGGUCCUGACGGAGCUGGAAGCGGCAAGCAGGCGCCUGCGGAGGCUGGAGGCGCUGCGCCGGGACUUCGAGCUGCAGAAAGUCUGCUACCUGCCGCUGAACGCCUUCCUGCUGAAGCCGCUGCAGCGCCUGCGCCACUACCGGCUGCUGCUGCGUCGCCUGUGCGCCUCCGACCGCCAGGACCCCGACCGCGGCGACCAGGACCGCGCCGACCGCCGCGAAGCCCUCAAGGCCAUCACGGAGGUGACCUCCACACUCCAGCACAGCCUCGUCCGGCUGGAGAACCUCCAGAAGCUGAUGGAGCUGCAGCGGGACUUGGUCGGCAUAGAGAACCUUAUUGCUCCCGGCAGGGAGUUUAUCCGCGAGGGCUGCCUCCACAAGCUCACCAGGAAGGGCCUGCAGCAGAGGAUGUUCUUUCUGUUCUCAGACAUGCUGCUGUACACAGGCAGAGGUGCCUCAGAGACCAGCCGCUUCCGGAUCCGGGGACUCCUUCCGCUGCGUGGCAUGCUGGUGGAAGAACGUGAGAAUGAGUGGUCUGUCCCGCACUGUUUCACCAUCUACGCCGCUCAGAAGACAGUCGUGGUGGCAGCCAGCACCCAGCUGGAGAAGGAAAAGUGGAUGAGGGACCUGAACGCUGCCAUCAAUGCAGCCAAGAGCAGCGCCGACACGGCCCUGGCACCGCUGGGCAGCGUGCUGUGCCCCCUUCCCCGCAGGCCCUCCGACGAGGUCUCUCUGGAGGAGUCGGAAGAGGACGCUCGCAGGGCCCGCUGCUCCUCAGGGGGGCCGGGCCAGCACCGGGCCAGCACUGCCAUGCACGUGUGCUGGGACCGCACCACCAGCAUCUCCAGAGCCGACCGCAGCGCGGCCGUCGAGAACCAGCUCUCGGGAUACCUGCUGAGGAAGUUCAAGAACAGUAGCGGCUGGCAGAAGCUGUGGGUGGUCUUCACCAAUUUCUGUUUGUUCUUCUACAAAACUCACCAGGAUGACUGCCCCCUGGCCAGCCUUCCGCUGCUGGGCUACAGCGUGAGCCUCCCCGGGAAGGCCGACGGCAUCCACAAGGAGCACGUCUUCAAGCUCCAGUUCAAGUCCCACGUCUACUUCUUCCGGGCUGAGAGCAAAUACACGCUAGGGAGGUGGAUGGAGGUGAUCAAGAGCGCCAGCACCUCACCAGGGAGGGCCGGGACCUCCGAGGAGGAGGCGUGAAGCCCACCCUGCCCGGCUGAGGACAGACCCGAGCAAGCAGAGCAGCACGUGCCCAUGACUGCACGUCCCGUGUCCCCCCUCCAGACUGGCAGUGGAUGGGCCUCACUCACAGGGACACCUGGGAGGGGCACAGUCCCCUCAAGACCCAGUCACUCCCUUGGCCCCGUGGGGCAGCGGGACGAACACACAUGUGCGUGGAAAUGGGCCCGGCUCCAUGCACUGCCGAGGCUGGUGCCCACCUGCCCUCUCUGCGCCUCCAGAGCAGGACCCUGCCCUUCAGGCUGGGUGAAACGGGGGGUGGGACAGGGCCCCUGGGUCACAGCCACAUGGAAGUCCAGCAGAAACCACUCUGCCGCCCACCCCACAGACCUCUGCAAAGUGGAAAGCAAAGUCCCCGUAAUUUAUCAGCUCCCAGGAGGUGUGCUGUGCUAACCUGCGUGUGGUUAAAAAUAAAGGGCAUCUCCUGUA